AACCUCAACAGCCCAGAGAGCUGUAAAGUUAAAUUAAAGAAACACCGCCCUGGUGAUCUAGAUCAUUAAUAACACAGUUUAUGUUGCAGCUUUAUGCGCUCUGGUGACAUCAGGCGCACAACAGAAGGUACGCGCACAUGGGCGAACAUUUGAGUCAGUGACCGAAGAAAAAACUUUGAGAAAGUCGACACAGCGACAGAGGAAUAAGAGGAAGCUGCAAUGUCUAAUUCGGUUUCCUAUCCCGGGAAGACACGGAGGUCUUCUGCUGUGGCACGUGCAAACAAACCUCCGGAUUUAGAGCUGUCGCAAACUCCUUUCACCUCACCUGAACCGGAGACACAUGUGGGCAACGACACGUUUUCUGAAAGAGAGACAAUGCAAGAGGAUGGUAACUCUUCAACAAAUGUACCAACUGUUCACCUCCACCCGUACCUAUCUCAUCCCCGGAUGUCUGUGCGGAUGUCGGUGUACAGUACCGGGGUUCGUCCAGUCGUCACCCGUGCCUACAUCCAAGGACGUGUGUAUAACUUCCUGGAAAGGCCGUCUGGCUGGAAAUGCUUCGUGUAUCAUUUCACAGUGUUUCUCAUAGUUCUGGCCUGUCUGAUCCUCAGCGUUCUGUCUACCAUCGACCAGUACCAGGCUCUGGCUCACACAACACUCUUCUGGGUGGAGAUUGUCCUUGUGGUGUUCUUUGGUGUGGAGUAUUUUGUCCGCCUCUGGUCAGCAGGCUGCCGCAGUAAAUAUGUUGGCAUCUGCGGCCGACUACGCUUUGCCAGGAAGCCGAUAUCUAUUAUAGAUCUGAUUGUAGUUGCUGCCUCGAUUAUUGUGCUGUCGGUGGGCUCCAAAGGCCAGGUUUUUGCCACCUCAGCUGUAAGAGGGAUUCGCUUCCUGCAGAUCCUGCGAAUGCUUCACGUGGAUCGGCAGGGAGGAACCUGGCGUCUGCUCGGCUCUGUCGUCUUUAUCCAUCGCCAGGAGCUGAUCACUACCUUAUACAUUGGCUUUCUGAGCCUGAUCUUCUCCUCGUACUUUGUCUACCUGGCAGAGAAAGAUGCAGUCGACAGCAGUGGCUCCAUAGAGUUUGGAAACUAUGCCGAUGCCCUGUGGUGGGGAGUGGUGACAGUGACUACCAUUGGGUACGGAGACAAAGUGCCACAAACCUGGAUUGGAAAGACCAUUGCAUCCUGUUUCUCAGUUUUUGCCAUUUCUUUCUUUGCUCUGCCUGCAGGAAUCUUAGGCUCUGGCUUCGCCCUGAAGGUGCAGCAGAAGCAAAGACAAAAACACUUCAACAGACAGAUCCCUGCAGCUGCCUGUCUCAUUCAGACAUCAUGGAGAUGUUUUGCAGUGGAGAACUUGGAUUCAGCCACAUUAAAAAUGUUUUUGAAGAAGAGAUCCCACAUCCCUGCCUCUUCUUUGUCCACCCCCAAGCCCAAGAAAUCGGCGGAAGUGGAGGGUUCAAGUCCCUUCCAGGAAAUUCAGUGCCAGGAUUUCCACGUUGCCAGCCCGCCGCACUCUGUCCAUCAGCCUCUGGUCGCGGAGCCUCAGGAGAGGAGGGUCUGGUCCAGCCGACAGGAAGAGGAACUUCAGGGGACCGUUCUUUGCGAGGAGCAGGAAGGAUCCGGUCUGAUCUGCGGCGAGGUGAGGAGGAGCAGGAGGGAUCCGAUCCGGUCCAAUUUGCUGCGAGGUGAGGAGGAGCAGGAGGGAUCCGAUCCGGUCCGAUCUGCGGCGAG